AUGGGAUGCACUUGUUCAACCGAGGCAGUGCCCAUUGUGGAAAUUCGUAGAAGAAGAAGAACAAUCAAGGAGAGAAUUGUUAGCUUCUUUUCAAGAAAGAAUCGACCAAGAGAGAAUCCGGAUCCGCAUCCACAAGAGGAAACGGAAGAAGGGACCGUCUCAGUGAAUGCUCAAGUUGGGGAUAUCGAAUCGGAUAUAAGCCAAGAGGAGAACACUUCUCUGCCGUUGUGUGAAAUAGACCCUCCUUUGCCCACUAGGACAUAUUCCGAUGUGUCUGUAACAGACAUGAUCGAAAUAUUCGAGAAGAGCAGGACCAAGAAAUCUGUCAGCAGCACUACUUUUACCAUUAAACGAAAUGACUCAGAUUCCAAUCUGUCCUGUCCGAAAACACCACGUGACUCCCAGGCAGGACGGGGAAACGUGUCCUCAGAGAAAUACAGCUCUGACCGGGAAAGCAUCGACUACAAACCCCCUCUGGAGAAGCCCAACCCAGAGAAAAAGCUGAAUUUUCAUUAUCCAUGCUAUCGAGUUAAGACUUCUAACGUGGAAAAAUCACCAAAUGUCGAUAUCUGCAUCGGAGCCAUUGCUUCAGAGGAAAACAUCAGUGAAACAGCUGAAACAUCUGAGAUAGGAACCUCUCAGAAGACCAACAGCGGAAUUUUUGCGAAGAACAACGCAUAUGAAGCAGCAAACAAAAGUUACAGUUAUACAUCCACAGCAAGAGAUCUCAAGCAGGAGUCUGCAAAGGCAUGGGAUAGCGGUAACGACUCCCAGAGGAGCGCUUUCGAGAAUGCAGGAACGAGUACCAGUGGUCAUGCUUCUACAGGCCAUGACAACGACACGCCAAAAGAUGCCAGCGCUGGCCCAUCCACUUGGACCAGUACUAAAAUGUAUGGCAAUUCCCGCCAGCAGACCGCAAAGGAGAUAGAAAUGGCACUUCUGGCCGCUGAAAACAAACCAAUCCACCGCCCUUCCUACCUUAUUGAUACUCGUGUUAUCAAUGUCCGCCCUAAAGCAGCUAAAGGCAAUCGCAAGCCACCCGAUGUAUAUCAAAGCAGUGCACCAACUCUAACUUACACUAACAACAGUCUGCAAAGCCGUAUGCGCGAUUUCAACCGCGAUGUAGACAGGUUGUUUGAAUCCCAGCCACAGCAGACUCAGCCAAGCCAAAAACCCUACAACAUCAACAAGCGGCCCAAAGCAGCCCGUGGUGUCAGGUCUCUGCAAACCACUGAUAUUUGCGGAAACACGAGCGGUUUUUCCAGCGGCAGCUAUAGUCUGCGUCCCCAGCUAACUAUGCCAGGACUGAGGCUCCCAGAACAGGACGCUCUGGAGAAAUUCAUGCUGUCUCAGAGGACCAAGGAGGAGCAGAGGACACAGGGCAAGGAUAAGAACUUAGUUAGCACCAAGCACCACUAGAACACACAGUCAACAUUUGCAGAAGUUGGAA